AUGCGCCAAUUUAGUUCGGGUUGGUUAAAAGGUUCGCAUUCUAGAUGGUUAGAGUAUAGUGUGAAGAAAGAUGCCGCAUUUUAUUUAUGUUGUUAUUUAUUCAAAAAUGAUUACGUUAAUGGAAGCACGGGUGACUCUUUCACAAAAAUCGGCUUUAAGGGUUGGAAUAAAGCAACCGAAAGAUUUGAUCUACAUGUUGCUGAAGUAAGUAAUCUCCACCAUAAGUGCUUCAACAAUAUGUUAGCCUUGUCAAAUCAAUCUCAAUCAAUUCAAGCUGCUUUUGAAAAGCAAUCCGAUCAACAAAAAACUGAGCAUCGAAUUCGUUUAAAUGCCUCAAUUGAUAUUGCAAGGUUUCUCUUGGACUUUGGAUUGCCUUUUCGUGGUCACGAUGAAAGUGAAUCUUCAAAAAAUAAAGGCCUUUUUCUAGGGCUUUUGGAAUGGCUUGGAAAUAGGCUUCCAGAUGUAGAUAGAGUUAUAUUAAAACAUGCUCCAAAAAAUGAUAUGAUGACUUCGCCAAAAAUUCAAAAGGAUAUUGUGAGUGCUUGUGCACAAGAGACCGUGAAAGCUAUAAUUGAUGACUUGGAUGGAGAUUAUUUUGGGAUAUUAGUUGAUGAGUCCAAGGAUAUUUCACACCAUGAACAAAUGGCCCUUGCUUUGCGGUAUGUUGACAAAAAAGGCCAAGUGAACGAGCCAUUUAUUAGUCUUGUUCGUGUUAGUGAUACAUCUGCAAAGUCGUUAAAAGAAGCAGUACUUUCUUUGCUAAUGAAACACUCAUUAAGUCCAUCCAAAAUACGUGGACAAGGCUAUGAUGGGGCUAGUAAUAUGCAGGAAAGAUGA